AAUUUCAUUUUUAUUUUUAAUUUUUCAGUUCUUAGAAAAAUGUUUUUAUUGUUUUUGUUAGAACAUUCUCCUCUUUUAUUUAUCUUCAAACUCAUCAAUGCUGACAACAACAAAUUGCUUGAUUUAUCAACUUAUAAUGAUUUACACAAUGAAGGUUGUAAUACUGAUUUUAAUUGUCCUAAUGAAAUGCGUUGUGAGAAAGAUACUCGAAUUUGUAUGUGUAUUGAAGGCUUCAUUUUCGCUAGCAAUAUUGCAAUGUGUGAAGUAUCAAAAAAAUUUGACAAAUUUUCAAUUCAAGGCCCUUCUAUAGUUUAUUUAAACCAAACAGAAGUUUAUUUUGAUAUUCAUUUCCAUCAAUAUGAGGAUCGAAUUCGAAGCAAUUGGAUAUUUGAAUGGACUAUAAAAAGUGGGAAGGAAUUUGCACAAUUUUCUGGAAUUAAAACAAGGACACUUAAAAUGAAAAUAUUAAAGGUUGGAUUUAUCAAUUUUGACAUUUCAAUAUCAAACUCUACAGUUUCUGGCUAUAAACAACACAAUUUAACAAUUUAUGAUCAUACUUUAUUGCCUAUUGCCAAAGUUGAAAACCUUAAUGUUUCAUUACCUUUAAAUUUUGUGUGUUUGAAUGCUGAAAAGUCAAUAAAUGCUAAAUAUUUUAAAUGGAUUCCUGAAGACAAUUUGCCUGCUGAAAUGCUUAGUGGAAGUUCAUUAGACGACUCAAAACUUUUUCUAUCAAACUUGGUUCCUGGUGUCUUUCAAUUUAAUUUGUCUAUAUGGAAUGAUCAUUCACCUAUUAAUGAUACAAAAAAUGUUAAAUUAUUUGUUUUUGGAGGUUUGCUUUUUUUAAUUUUUAUGUUGAUCUUGCUGAUCUUGAAUUUUCGUCUUAGAACCGAAAAUUGAUUUAAUUUAUGACCUUCCUUUAUUUGCGACAAAAAAUUGCAGACAUUUUUUAGUUUCCCUAAGCUUCUCAACCACAUUAAACCUUUAUACACAAUGGAGGCUCUAUCAGAAAUUUUUAGUUCGCAAAACCAAUAUAGUGGUGUAGUGAUAU